GAGAACAGCAGAUGCUGCAGACGCCGCUGAAGAUGUGCUCCGUCAAACUGGUGGACUGCAGGAACCUGAUAGAGAGCAGAGGAGAAAAAACCACAGCAGAGGAACAACAACAGAGACAUGAGGAUGAUGAAGGGAAUGAGAUGUAAGAAUAAUAGAAAUGAUGACGAUGAUGACUUCAUUCCUUCAGAUGUGAAUGGCGGUUCAUCAUCUAAUGGAGAAACUACCUUAACAUCAGAGUUCAUCAGUUUUCCUGCCUUAGAAGAGAGGAGACUUCAUACAAAAGAGCACAGCGUGAAGAAAGAGUUUCACUGCGAACAGUGUGGGAAAGAUUAUUUCACUUCUACGAGUUCAUAUAAAGCUCAUAUAAAGACACACAGCGAAAAGACUUUCCACUGCAGCGAGUGCAACAAGUAUUACAGGAGCAAACAAAUUCUUAUUGCUCAUAAGCGAAUCCACACGGGUGAAAAGCCGUACAAGUGCCCUCACUGCGAGAAGAGCUUCAACCACAAACCCCAUCUGCAGAAACAUGUGUGUGUUCACACCAAUGAGAGGCCGUACCAGUGCAGCGAAUGUGGGAAAACCUUUACAAGCUCAGGCUGUCUAAAGUCACACCAAAAAAUACACUCUGAAGAGAAACAGUAUCAGUGUUCAUACUGUGAUAAACGAUUCCAUUACAAAUCUAACUUGAUUUGUCAUGAGAGGAUUCACACCAGAGAGAAACCGUACCUGUGCUCCUACUGCGAGAAGAGCUUUUCUUAUCAACAUCAUUUCAGAGUUCAUCAGAGAGUUCACACUGGAGAAAGACCGUAUCACUGUAGUGAUUGUGGGAAGAGUUUCAGAAAACAUGGUUCCUUACAAAAUCACCAGCGGAUUCAUACAGGAGAAAGACUGUUCAAGUGUUCUCAGUGUGACAAGACUUUCGCUCGAUCAGACGUCCUGAAGACUCAUGAGCGAGUUCAUACAGGAGAGAAACCUUAACGCUGCUUCAUCUGCGGAGAGAGAUUCACUUAUUUAGGUAGUUUUCAGACCCACCAGAAGAAACACGGUGAAGAACAAACUGCUCCAGAAUCAUCAUAGUGAUCUUUCAUCUAUAAGACUCAUUCAGCUCAUCCUGAAACUGUACAUUGAGAUCUUUCUGCCAGUAGGGGGCAGUGUCGCAUUGAGCCUUCAUGUGAUUUGGGAGAGUAGAGAUGGACUGAACUGAAUGCUGUGGAUGUAGUCAUGUUUAACAGAGCAGAGCAAUGAUUGUAUCUUAAACUUGACAGAACAAUUAAAAAGCCUCAAAAUAAAAAGUAUAUAUGCUAAAGUA